UUUGCGUGCAAACUCCUUUCUCUGUCUCUUCUCUCUCUCACUGUUCGAUGUUCAGACCAGACACAGAUCACUUACUCUCUCUCUCUUUUAAUUUCUGAGAGAACAUUUGUUUUUGUUCUUCUCUCAGUGAAAAAGAGAGAAAUUUGAAGACCUUUUUGUAAUGUAUUUUGAUGAGAUUCCUGUUCCGUUUUGACUGGUAAAGUUUUGGGUCUUACUUUUUGCUUCCUCCAUUGUUGGUUCCCAAGUUUUCUACUCUGUCCUACAACUGUGUCCUCAUAAUGAUUCAAUCUCGCCGUGACUCUCUUCUUUGAAAAAGAGAGAGAGAGAGGGUGAGAGUGAAAACUUGCUUUUGUUUUUUUUUUUAAAUUCCACCGUAAAAUCUUAAAGAUAAAGUUUUUUUCGUUGAUUCUCUGUAUUUGUGUGUUGUUCUGCAGAAUUCUCAGAUCUUUUCUCAACUUCUUCCUUUACAAGUCUGAAAACACUUUUUUUUUUGGUCACUGUUUCUUUUUUUCAAAAUUUGCGUUCCACUUGUCUUUGGUCUUUCACUAGAAUCCACGACCAAAGAGUCUUCCUUGUCUGAGAAAACAAAAGAGACAACACAUUCACUUCCGUUUCUCUUAAGAAACGACGGAUUUUCCGAAGAAGUUAGAUUAAAGAUACAGAAGAAACCAAAAAAAAGGUAAGAAGAGAAGCUCGAAUCCCAGUGUGAAAGUACAAAAAAAAACCGUCGGGGAAGUCUGAAGAUUUUAUUAUUAUAAGGAAAAAGAAAAAAAUGGCGAUGGCUGUGGCGAAUCACCAUGAGAGUGGUGAUAAUAUAAAUCGGCAUUUGGAUAGUAGCGGCAAGUAUGUAAGGUACACGGCGGAGCAAGUUGAAGCUCUCGAGCGUGUUUACUCUGAGUGUCCUAAACCAACCUCUCUCCGCCGUCAACAGCUGAUCAGAGAAUGUCCCAUUUUGGCCCAUAUCGAACCUAAGCAGAUCAAAGUCUGGUUUCAAAACCGAAGGUGUCGAGAUAAACAGAGGAAAGAGGCUUCGAGGCUACAGAGCGUAAACAGGAAGCUUUCAGCUAUGAAUAAGCUGUUAAUGGAAGAGAACGAUAGGCUUCAGAAACAGGUUUCUCAUCUCGUCUCUGAAAACGGAUAUAUGAAGCAGCAACUUACAACAGGGGGGACUGAUGCUAGCUGCGACUCGGUGGAUCCAACUCCUCAGCAUUCUCUUAGAGAUGCAAAUAGUCCUGCAGGAUUGCUCGCGAUUGCGGAGGAGACCUUGGCAGAGUUCCUUUCAAAGGCUACAGGAACUGCUGUUGAUUGGGUCCAGAUGCCUGGGAUGAAGCCUGGUCCGGAUUCGGUUGGCAUUUUCGCCAUUUCGCAAAGAUGCAAUGGCGUGGCGGCUCGAGCAUGUGGUCUUGUUAGUUUAGAACCUAUGAAGAUUGCUGAGAUCCUCAAAGAUCGGCCGUCUUGGUUCCGCGACUGUCGUAGCCUUGAGGUUUUCACAAUGUUCCCUGCCGGUAAUGGUGGAACGAUCGAGCUCGUGUAUAUGCAGACAUAUGCACCGACGACUUUGGCUCCUGCUCGUGAUUUCUGGACCCUGAGAUACACCACAAGCCUUGAGAACGGCAGUUUUGUGGUUUGUGAGAGGUCUCUUUCUGGUUCUGGAGCUGGUCCUGAUGCUUCUUCAGCUGCUCAGUUUGUGCGAGCAGAGAUGCUUCCAAGUGGCUACUUAAUAAGGCCUUGUGACGGUGGUGGUUCCAUAAUUCACAUCGUAGAUCACAUUAAUCUCGAGGGUUGGAGUGUCCCAGAUGUACUGCGACCUCUUUAUGAAUCAUCCAAAGUAGUUGCACAGAAAAUGACGAUUACUGCGUUGCGGUAUCUCAGGCAAAUAGCGCACGAGACAAAUGGUGAAGUAGUUUACGAAUUAGGAAGACAGCCUGCGGUUUUGAGAACUUUUAGCCAAAGAUUAAGCAGAGGUUUCAAUGACGCGGUUAAUGGGUUUAAUGACGAAGGAUGGUCCAUGAUGCACUGUAAUGGAGCAGAAGACAUAAUUGUUUCUGUUAACUCUACAAAGCAUAUGAAUAGUAUCUCCGGUUCCCUCACUUUUCUCGGAGGUGUGCUCUGUGCCAAGGCUUCAAUGCUUCUUCAAAAUGUUCCUCCUGCGGUCCUCAUCCGAUUUUUAAGGGAGCAUCGGUCUGAGUGGGCAGAUUUCAACGUUGAUGCUUAUUCUGCUGCAACACUGAAAGCUGGUGCCUUUGCUUAUCCGGGAAUGAGGCCUACAAGAUUCACCGGUAGCCAAAUCAUAAUGCCAUUAGGACAUACAAUCGAAAACGAAGAGAUGCUUGAAGUUGUUAGAUUAGAAGGCCAUUCUCUUGUCCAAGAAGACGCAUUUGUCUCUCGGGAUGUACAUCUUCUACAGAUUUGUACUGGGAUUGAUGAGAAUGCUGUUGGAGCUUGCUCAGAGCUAGUCUUUGCUCCAAUCAAUGAGAUGUUUCCUGAUGAUGCUCCACUUGUUCCAUCCGGUUUUCGCGUCAUACCAGUUGAUGCUAAAACGGAUGAUGCUCAGGACUUGUUGGCUGCUAACCACAGAACACUAGACUUGACUUCAAGCCUUGAAGUGAAUCCGGCGACAGAGAAUGGUUCUAACUCGAGCUCACGGUGCAUACUCACAAUCGCUUUUCAGUUCCCUUUUGAGAAUAACUUGCAAGAGAAUGUUGCCAAUAUGGCUUGUCUGUAUGUGAGGAGCGUGAUUGCUUCCGUUCAACGUGUUGCAAUGGCGGUCUCUCCGUCGGUUUCCGGUUCCAAGUUAUCUCCGGGGUCACCUGAAGCUGUUACUCUUGCUCUGUGGAUUUGCCAAAGUUACAAUCAACACUUAGGCUCUGAUUUGCUGAGGACAGACUCACUUGGAGGUGAUUCGUUGUUAAGACAACUAUGGGAUCACCAAGAUGCUAUAUUGUGUUGCUCUUUGAAGCCACAGCCAGUGUUUAUGUUUGCGAACCAGGCCGGUUUAGAUAUGUUGGAGACAACACUCGUUGCAUUGCAAGACAUCACACUGGAGAAGAUCUUUGACGAGUCAGGUCGUAAAGCUCUAUGUCCAGAUUUUGCCAAGCUAAUGCAACAGGGCUUUGCUUGCUUACCAUCUGGAAUGUGUGUGUCGACAAUGGGGAGACAUGUUUCGUACGAGCAAGCUGUUUCAUGGAAAGUGUUUGCUGACUCUGAAGACAAUAACAACAACAACAAUAGUAUUCAUUGUCUUGCUUUCUUGUUUGUAAACUGGUCUUUUCUGUGAUCUCUCUGAUCUUUCUUGUUGUGGAAACAGAGUGACCAAUCAAAGUUUCGCAAAGAGUAUUCUUUUACUCAUUUUUGGUUGACUUAGGUUUUUUUGGGGUCUUUAUUUGUAAUUUAUUGUUCUUGUAUUUAUUAGCUUUCGAAGUACUCAACUUUGCAUUUACAUCUCGUUUCUAUAAGAACAUCUCUAAGAGAAACUUCAAAACUUCAAA